AUGGAGAUCCCCGCAGACAUCACCCUCAAGACCCUCAAGGGGUCCUGGGCACUGGACAAAUCCAUCUCCGACGACAUGGACUCGAUCCUCAAGCUCCAAGGCGUCGGCUGGCUAACACGCAAAGGCAUCGGCGCCGCAACACUCACCCUAACCUUCGAGUCCACCGUCUCCGAUACCCAGACAACAACCAUAACCAUGCGGCAGGCCCUGACGGGCGGAAUCGGCGCAUCGACGGAAGAGCGCAUCAUGGACUGGACGGAGCGCGAGCGCGCGAACCAUAUCUAUGGGAAUGUGCUGACGCGCAGCCAGCUCGUCAAGGGUGUUAAGAGCGAUGGCGCUGUGCGCCCGGACUUGACGCUGCAGUCGAACAGCGAUAAUGAGAGUAUCAAGCAGGAGAUCAAGAACUUUCUGCAGGCGGGACAGCCGUAUCUUGCGCCUGGGCAGGAAGGGGAAGCGGAGAUUCCGGAUCUGUAUAUUCAUGAUUUCGGGCGGAAUGAGAAUGGUGGGUGGACGGCGGAGCAGGUCUGGAGUAUUGAGGUUAUCGAUUCGCAGCGCUACUUGACGCGUCGGAUUGCUGCGGUGAGGGAGGAUGGAUAUGAAUUGGGUCGCAUGGUGUAUAAGUUCUCUGGUUUGUAA